AAAAAACACACAACACAUCCCAUGAUGCAGCGCGCGGUCCGUUGCCAGGAUACAGCAGCAGCUAGCUUGUCGCUAACACGACGUUGACGCGGAUAAACUCGGACCGUUAGAGACGUUUCAGACGCGUUAGAGUCUCCGUUUCCUGCAGCUCCCGGUUCAAAGCCUCCGGUGCUCCGGUCUGCCGGUCUGCCGGUCUGAUGCUAGCUGGCUACUGUUAGCUGGAGGAGCCGAAGCCCGUUACCGGGUGUGAGCUCGGUUGUAGCGGGCAGAUAAACGGUUGGCUCGGUACUAAAGCACGUCUAACCGGGAGACAGAUGUGUGUAUCCGCGGCUGGGAACACCCGGUAAUCCGUUAGCGUCCCAUGGAGCGGGCUGACCGGGGCAAAGACACCAGACUGCUGAAGAACCAGCCGUACGACGAGAGCCUGGAGGUGAUCGACUCCGAGGAGGUGGCGAGCGUCUACAGCCCGACUCCCCGCAGGCACCGACAGGUUUGUCUGAGCCGGUACCGAUUUCUGUCUUUUUCAGUCAGAGUCCAGGAGGAGCCGGAAGGGGCGUGGCCUGAUGUCGGCCAGCGGCAGUGACGAGUUUGAUGAAGACCAGGAGCCUCUGAGGGCCAUCGAGCCAACCGGCGGGCAGCCUGGGGUCAGUCCACGCGAGGAGGAGGAAGAGGAGGAAGAGGAGGAGGAGGACUCCGAUGAAGAUGACUCAGACGAUGACGACGAGCCCAGCGAGGCUCCAGAGGGGGCGUACGACCCCGCCGACUACGCCAACCUGCCCGUCAGCACCGAGAUCAAAGAGCUGUUCCAGUACAUCACGCGCUACAGCCCUCAGUGCGUCGAGCUGGAGCACAGCCUGAAGCCGUUCAUCCCGGACUUCAUCCCGGCCGUGGGAGACAUCGACGCCUUCCUGAAGGUGCCGAGGCCCGACGGUAAAGCGGACAGUCUGGGGCUGCUGGUUCUGGGCGAGCCCAGCGUGAAACAGUCGGACCCCACGGUGCUGUCACUGUGGCUGUCGGAGGAGAGCAAACAGCACGGGGCCGCCGAGUUGAAGAAGGUGACGAGUAUCGCCAGCCCUCAGUCCAACCCUCGGGCGCUGGACAGCUGGGUGGAGAGUAUCAGCGCCCUGCACCGCUCCAAACCUCCGGCCAGCGUUCAGUACGGCCGAGCGAUGCCGGACAUCGACAGCCUGAUGCAGGAGUGGCCGGCCGAGCUGGAGGAGCUGCUGGGCCGCCUGCAGCUGCCGCCCGCCCGCCUGCAGUGCGGCCCGGCCCGGUACGCCGACAUCAUCUGCAGCCUGCUGGACAUCCCGGUGUACAGCAGCAGGAUCCAGUCUCUGCACCUGCUGUUCAGCCUCUACCUGGAGUUCAGAGACUCGCAGCACUUCACGCGCAGAGCUUAGAGAGGCGGGAGGGUCAGCGCCGCUUUCUGCCACCUUAUUAUUAUCAUUAUUAACAGUGAAUAUCAGCACAAUGCUUUUCUUUUUUCUCCUUAUUGCUGAACUGCUUCGUGUG